CCAGCAGCGUUCGAAGCAGCAACUGCGGCGUCGAGGGUUGAUGACGUCACGAAAGCGACUACCCGGAAGUUGCGGCGAGAGCGCGAGCAGGUGGUGCAGGAGGCGGUUAUACUCUCAGGGAUGACUCAGCUGGGUGCCAUAGCAGCUCUAGCUGCCAGCCUGGUGGCAGCUGCUCUAUUUUCUGCAAUACACAAGAUUGAAGAAGGGCAUAUUGGUGUUUACUACAGGGGAGGGGCCUUAUUGACAUCCACCAGUGGUCCUGGCUUCCAUCUUAUGCUGCCUUUCAUUACCUCCUAUAAAUCAGUACAGACAACGUUACAAACGGAUGAAGUAAAAAAUGUCCCGUGUGGCACAAGUGGGGGAGUGAUGAUCUAUUUUGACCGAAUAGAAGUUGUAAAUUUCCUAAUUCAAAGUGCUGUGUAUGAUAUAGUAAAGAACUAUACUGCAGACUACGACAAGGCUCUCAUCUUUAACAAGAUCCACCAUGAACUCAACCAGUUCUGCAGUGUCCACACACUUCAAGAAGUCUAUAUUGAAUUGUUUGAUCAGAUUGAUGAAAACCUGAAACUGGCUCUCCAACAAGAUCUAACAUCCAUGGCCCCAGGACUCAUCAUUCAGGCAGUUCGAGUUACAAAGCCAAACAUACCAGAAACAAUUCGGAAAAAUUAUGAACUCAUGGAAAGUGAGAAGACAAAGCUAUUGAUCGCAGCUCAAAAGCAGAAGGUUGUAGAGAAGGAGGCUGAGACAGAGCGGAAGAAGGCUCUCAUUGAAGCAGAAAAAAUUGCUCAGGUGGCUGAGAUAACAUAUGGACAGAAGGUGAUGGAAAAAGAGACUGAGAAGAGAAUUUCUGAGAUUGAAGAUGCUGCUUUUCUUGCCAGAGAGAAGGCAAGAGCAGAUGCUGAGUGCUACACUGCCUUGAAGAUGGCAGAAGCCAACAAGCUAAAACUGACUCCAGAGUACUUGCAGCUGAUGAAAUACAAAGCGAUUGCCUCCAACAGCAAAAUCUAUUUUGGCAAGGAUAUUCCCAACAUGUUUAUGGACCACGCUGGAACUCCCUCUAAGUCGUCAGAUGGAUCCACCGAGGAGCUGAGAGAUGAAAACUGGCUAGGAGCAGGGGGAGAUUUGUGAAUCUGAACUGAGCCAGUGGAACAGCUUGAGCUUCAGUCAAAUGAAUGAAAUUGAUACCUAGCCACUCUCCUCAGUGUGAUUUUUCUCUUUUCUAGGAUGCUGCAGAAACCCCACUUUUGUACUGAAAAGGCAGACUGGAAGCACAUAACUGUUUAGCUUCCUGACUUCUUUCUCAGCAGUCAAAUUUGCUGUCAUUGUUUGCUUUUGUGCACAUGAAGGAACAAAGAAGCUAGAAAGGCAUUCCUAUGAUUGACUCUGCAGCAACUUCAAUCAAAACGUCUUGGUUCAUUGGAUUUUUGUAAUCAGAGGAGGAGAAACUCUCUUGCUAGAAAUGACAACAUCCUCUGGCAGUUGUAUGUAGGCUACAGUUAAAGUCCAGUAGGUGGCUAAUAAGUAUUUUCCCAACCAAUUCAAGAAACAGAAAGAGUUUUUUCUUUCCUCUUCUUUUUAAAAGUUGGAUUUGAGUGUUUGCUGGGACCCAUCUUGAAUAAGAAGCACAUCAAUCAAACAUCCACCACGUACUGUUCUUGGAUUAUUGAGCAUGCUGUCCAAUUGUCGGAUUUCACCUGUAGCACAUAUGCUUAUCCCACCCUGCCCUCUGAUAAAGGUGCUAUGUUUUGAAUUUUUUAAGAACAACAAAACCACAUACACUACAAAUUCUACAUGUGGCAUGAUGACUGAAAGCAUUAAAUACCAACACACUAAAGGCAUGUCCAAAUGGUACUUAUUUUGAAGUGCAUCUACAGAAUACUGUACAUCUGAAUCUUGAUGUCUCUCUUCUCCUUUAGUGCUGUGAUAGGGAUGGCCACCAGACCUGUAUUGGAAACCAGAGAGCGCCAGUUACUUCUGGGUUGCAGGCCUCUUUCUAGGCCAGAGAAUGCAGUUAGGGAAGACUGGAUUUAGGGGUGGAAGGUUCUGUUUUAUCUAGCAAAAGUUUACUCUGGAAAAAAUGGAAGAGAUUUAGAGCUUUAGUAAUUAUUCCACCUUACAUUGCUCUUUGCUAUAUGCAUGGUCUUUAGGCCAGUAAGAUCCCCAUCCAGAUUUUUUCCCCUUCAGAUGUCACCUUAAGCUCAUAUAUAUUGUAGAUCAUGUGUUUAGUCAUCAAGAUACUUCUGAACAGUUGUAUUCAGGGUACGAACCCUUGAAGGCCUUAAGCUCUAGUGUAGCUAUACAAAAGGGUCACCAAGUAGACUUGGUGGCAAAGGCCUUCUUCCUUGAAGUGUGUGGAGCUGUUGGGAAUUUCUCAUUCAAAAUCAGCCCUGCCUAGAAUGAAGAUAAUUUACUGGUAGUCAUUGCAUCUUGCAUCCCUGAACUUUAUAAUAAACAUGCCAUGAUGGGUCAUUGUUUGAGUAAGACUGAGAUGGGAAGGAGGCUUAAGCUGUGCUCCUUAAACCACUUACUACUACUGCUACUUCCAGCUAUAGUUGUCUUCCACUACGAGGCCAGCACCAAGCAACAGCAAAACUGGGAAGGUAUCAUCUUGCUAGAUUCUCUACUGAAUACUUAGCAUCUGCAUUAUUUGUCUCCUAAUUUAAAAUUGUUUUGCCCAUGCAGAACAAGCAUCAUCCAAAAGCUUUCUCCUUGUUUCUUGAUAUCUCUAAAUUCUCAUUUUCCCAACUAUGAAAGUGGAACAGUGUCCCCAAAGUGUCCAUAAGCAUGUAUCUCUGUAAAAUGGGAACAACCAGUUAUGAGUCAUUUUGUCAGCUGUGCCUUAGAUUUGUUUCUGAUGGUUCCUACAUUGCAAACAGGCAUCUCUUUUAACUUUUAUUUCUUUUCUGUUUGCUUUCUUACUUGUGUUUUCAAAGUGUGACUAGAAUUCAGCCCCCAAUAUUCUUUUGGAGUGAAAUCACUGCUGAUAUUCCCAAGGGGGAAGGUGUGUAUCAGUAAAAAUGAGCAUUAUUGAGGACUUUAAAGUAAAAUGAACAAACUGAUAUGGCUAUAAUGCAUGAGAAAUCCCCUGUUUUGAAGGUAGGGAAAUGUGUUCUGUCCUGUGUUAACAUUUACAACAGGCAUCCUCUGGAUAUUGUUGCAAUUCAGCUUUCAUUGUCUGACAUUUUGGCUAUUUGGGUUGUGGCUAAUGGGCACUGGAGUAUUCUGGAAGUUCACCGUUUCCUUGUCUCUGAUUUAGUUUUAGGCCUAGUUAGCUCUUUUUCAUAUAUAUGAUAUGUAUAUGUAUGUAUGUGGAAAAAGUGGGGAACUUCACACAAAUACCUAGCAUAUCAAGGAAAAGACUAGAUUAUAUCCCCAAUCCCUGACACCCUAGUUUUGUGUCAGCAAAUUCUUAAUACAUUUUAAUUGCACAACCUUCUCUCAUGUAAGAUCUCAGAGAUACAGGUUGGCUGACAUCUAUCAGAUUUUGGGCAUUCUUAACCAGCCUUGCAUUUAACUGGAAACAAAACUAAAUCAUGCAGCAAGGUUGAAACAUAACAGGUAAUAAGGGAUACAGGGGGAAGAAAGUGUUUAGUAAGCAAAUGCUUCCAUUAGGGUACAGUGUUCUUUGACAUUGAAGUAAAGUGUGGACCUAUUAAGAAAUAACUGCUGUGGGAUGUUAUCCACCUGUAUGUUGUAGCUCUUGCAUACCAACCAUUGUUAGUUCAUGCUGCUCUAGAUUGUUUCUCCAGAUGCUACAGACAACUUCCAUAACUCCUUUCCUUUGGCAAUACUAUCUUGGGCUGAUGGGAGAUGGACACUAGCAGUGUAUUGAGGAGUACAGUAUUCUUAAUCUGUGCUGCUUGCUCCAGUCUGUUCGCUUGAAUGGUCAGCAAUAGUUGAAGGAGUGUUAUCUGUUUUCCCUUUCCUUUUAAUUAUUUCCUUAGCUGAAUAUAAAGGCAGCCUCAUCCCUUGUCAAGUAAGUUGUGCAUUUUCUCUGUAACGUGAGAAAUACAAACCAUGAGACAUCCUGUUGCUGCAUGCUCUUGCAAAAUCAAUGUAAAUUUGUGUGUGUGUGUGUUUUUUUUCUUUUCAAAAAGGAGUGCCAGUUAGUUUCUGAAGUGUGUGAAACGAUUCAAUGACUUAGGUGUGAACUUUGAGAAUGUGGUUUUUCAAAUAGUGGACAUCAAUGGACACAAGACAAACCCUCACACUGAAAAAUAUAGUGUAUACUAAAGGGUAUAAAGGAUGAAUCCCCAGAAAAUCAGUUUCUCUAAUAAUAUGCUUUGCUUCCUUCUUUACCGCACCCCAAUCCUUCUCUAGUCAGGCAGGACAUACUAAGUUUCCAGACAGAAAGUGGAGAGAGUUGGUGUGGCUGCAAAGUUGGUCACUGGGAUUAAGUUGAUGCUGUCAAGGCUGUCCGGUUCUUAGCAUCAGAGUAAAGUAAGCAUUGAAGAUUUGGCUAAGCUUCUACCUCCUCUUCAGUCUUGUUCUCUUGGAUCAAUUCAUCUAUUUCUCUAGUUGAGUGGUUACUUGUUCACUUGACCAUAUCAAAAGCUUCCUGAUGAUGUUUAUCAGUUUAUGGUAUGGGAAGCUACUUAGGAGUGGCUUCAGUCUUGCUAAAACGGAAUAGGUGUUAGGCACUGUGAGUCUAGGUUUUCCUUACUUUAUCCUUCCUUUUGAACUUUACAUCUGAAUUCCAUAUUCUUUUUGUUCAGUAAAAGAAAGCCAGCAUUUUUUGGGCUUUCAUACAUCGCAAUUUGCAAAUAGUCUUGUGCACAUAGAAUGUAAAAAAUGAAGUUGGGGGGCAUUUAUAUGAGACAUGGAAACAAUAACACCUAGAAGAUGAUACCUUUUUUUCUCAUUCUGAGAAACAUUUGGGGGUGUUUUCUUUUCAACUUGAGCUUUUUUAAAACUAGCAAACUCAAUUCCAGCAAAGCCAAAGUGUAUUAUAUAACUUUUUUAUAUGACUCUGCUAUAAAAUAAUUGGUUAAAGUAAAUAAUCCUUUGGUUUUGUUUUGUUUUGUUUGUUUUUUUUACACUAAACAAAAUAUAAAAACCACUAUUCAAUAAAGAACAGCAAAUAUUAAUGUGAAAAAACAAGAUGUAGAUUUCUCCUGUUAGGUACUGGAAAUGCCACUUAACAAGGAGAAAUGUUUGCAGGCUUGUUUGUUUUUAACGUGACCGCGGCUUUGUUAAAAUGAGACUCUGCUGGAUGCUUAUUGUUUGGGCUAUGAUCAAUUAACUUUUUUAUAUUGCCUUUUGUAUUUCCGUUGAAUAAAGUUGACACUAUUUCCAGUGAACAAAUUUUGGAACGUGGAUUUGAAUGCUUUCUCAAUGGCGUAUGUUGCCAAGCCAGGCAUCAGCCAUUCAGAUAUGCUGCUCUGUUGCCAAUCUCUUGGAUCGUUCGUUUCAUUUGAAAUUGUGUACAGUACCUGAAAUUAAACCAGCCUGUUAUGUUUCACAAUAUUUAUUGUAAUGACUAAAUAAACCAUUAUUUUUUCCUUUUA